AUGGUGAUUGCCAGCGGGGCUGGUGGUGGCGGUUUGCUGUUACUUCUCCUUACCAUCACGACCAUUAUUGUCGUCUUUCGCUUCAAAAGGUAGGUUAAUGCCUUAUUCAAGUUAACUUAAAAAGUUACCAAUCUGAAACAUUUCUACGAAUUCGAGUAGCGGUAGCCCGGGUAGUGGUAGUGGUAGUGGUAGUGGUCAUGGUCAUGGUCGUGGUCAUCUUGUUUGCGGUGAUAGUUGCGAAACAGCUGUCAACGGUUACAACUCCACUCUGAUUUGGAUUCUAUUGUUGUCAUGUUUAUGUCUUGCAAAGUUAAUUCUCACUUAGUACAAUCAGCUUUGCAGAAUUUAAUAUAUUUAAUCAGUACAUCUUUGCUGGUCAGGUUUUCCUACCUUUAUCUACAUAGACUCUUCCUUGUCGCUGUUGUUUUUUCCUGAUUGUUUGCUUGUUUAAUUGAAUUUUUUUCCCCUUUUUUCAGGAGGAGUAAAAGACGCAAAAUGGAAGACCGCACGCAAGAAAAAGGUACCGGGCAAAAAUAUGUCCAUCCAAACGCUAACACAGUGAAAGUUAGACCGUUUUUUAAACAAGGGUCAGUUUUAAAAUAAUCUACUGAUCGCAACUGUACCAAGUAACGCUACAGUAAUUAAAAAUGGGGUUUCGAACAAGAGAUUUGAAAAUAGAUUGCCACAUUGUGGUUGGUAAAUAAUCUCGAACACGCUUCAAAGCCCCAAUACCAGACACAAUCUUUUAGGCUAACUACUUGAUGUGUGCAUUUCAAGAUAAGUUGUAUUAUCAAAGUACACACUUAGGGAUUUCGUCUGAGUAACCUGUUUUACAGGAGUGUUGGCAAAGCAUUUUUGAUUGCGUCCAUUUAAGAAUGACCUAACCCAGUUGCUCGCACACCCCAAAUCCCGAAACCGUAUAUGCAUUGAGUUUUGAUAGCAGGAUCUCGUGAACAACAGUAUCAAAGCUUUCUUUGAAUCUAGAAAAACUACUGCAUUAACCUUGCCGCGGUCAAUAUUACAUGACCAGUUAUUGGUGGCCUCAAGGAGAAGUCAGUAGAGUGAAGGCUUCGAAACCCAGAUUGACUGCAAUAUAGCGAAUUGUUCUCCAUCGCAGAUAAUUGUAGCCUUGGUUAUCCACUAUUCUUUCGAAAACUUUAGCUAUCACUGGGAUAAUUGAAACGGGGUGAUAACAGGUGCACUCAACGACUUUUUUCUGUAAAAUAUCUGUUCGGAGAAGCAAGUAUUGCCUAGAAUUUUCUUUUUCUUGAGGACGGAUAAAUAUUUCUAGAUGUACGUUCCAUUCAUGUUCAAUUUUCAAAGCUUAUCUAAGAAAUUCCCUAAGAUUUUCUGAAGUUUAACUUUUCAUAUUUUUCUUCCCAGGAUACACUAUUUUUCUUAGAAAAAGGAAACCUAAAAUAUUCGGAUUCUAAAAUGUGGUGCAGAGAGGAAUCAGAAAAAUCCCCAAUUUUGUAAAAAGUUAAUUGUACCUAAAAUUUUCGGAAAAAUAAUACUGAAGCCCUGGUAAUUUCGAAAAGACUUGGAUCUAGAUCUAUAGUCACCUAAUAAAGGCGUGAGAUAAUAAUAUAUAGAUUUAGCGACAGCUAAAAGCGAAGCUCCCAUUGAUAAAUUUAUAACUUAAAUCAAACAAUAAUUUUUUAUUCCACAAAUCAGUUAACUGAAGGGCACAUUCAUGUGACUUUUGAGGGAAAAGCUAAGUGAUUUUGGAGUGAAACAAAUCUUUUAUCGAGUUGAUAUAGCCUUAUAUGUACACCCAAAAAAUAGUCUUCGGUCACAUUUAAGAGUAGUAAUGGCUCUUGAUCACAGUAGAUAAGGCGUGGAAAACAAAUUCUUGGAAAACAAAUCAGGCCGAAUUUUUUGCGUUCGUCAAGUUUACAAAUUCUUGCCAAUAAAUUGGGUGCGUGCAAACCAAUCUUAUAUAUAUAUAUAGCAACAUUAGCAAAAAAUGUAAUCUUUGUCUUUAUGAAAAGUUUAUCAUCAUUUGUAAAAAAGAGCUUUGUAGCCUAAACAGGCGAAACGAACUAGCGAGUUCAUGCCCCCACAGAAACAGAUAUGUACUUCAGAACUCUAGAGUAACGUAACUAAGACACAAUCCAUCUGUUACCUAGAUACUAUCUCUUAACGCAUCCCUAUAUUUACUGCCAGCUUUUAAUUUUAACGGUCAAUCGUUGAAGUUGCCUGAUGAGUGUGGUCCUACAAUUUCGGACCAUACGAAACAGCACUGUCGCAAUAAACGAUCAAUGAUUACUCCUGAAGCCUGAACUCCUGUGAUUAUAUAUAUAUAUAUCUACCUGGAGUUAUGAAAACCGGGUUAGCAAACAUUUUGUAAUUUUUCUCAACUUCCGCUGUCUAAUAGCUUGUUUACUGUGCUGUUUGCUUAUGUCGUUUGUCUUUUUGGCUUGUCUUGUGGUUAGAGAUUUGUGUAGAAGCGGAUGUAGACAGAAUAACUAUCUAACCCCCCUCCCCCCCUUCCCCAUUUUUUUCCCUACCCACAAUUCUUUCUUUAACACAAGUGACAGUUAUCAGUUUGAAAUCAGGGGGCGCUUAAGGCUGGUUUCGGUGCUGCUUAGCAGUUUAGUUUUAUAUAUUGGUCACCUUGAGAAAAGUUUCCCGGAGAGCAUCAUGUAAAGCUCUGAGAUGGGACAAAGUUAUUACGAUUCGCAGAGUCUGCAUCGUCCAAUAUCGUAUUAUAUUCUCGUUUCAUUUGGCUAAACGGAUUAAUCUCCCUGAUCCGGGCUGAGACAGAAAGGUACGAUAUUGUUCGCUUUUCUAAGGUGACCACUAAGUCUUUGGCCUCGGGAACAGGCUCUUAGGAGUCAAAUGAAUUAGUUGAGAGCAAAAUUGCAGCUAAACUUUGACCCGGGCCAAGACUUAGUAUUUUUCUGGUGUGAAAACAAGGCUAAGGUGAUCCGCCGACCGUGUGACUGUACAUCCGGGAUCUUGAAUAAGACGAGUGUAAGAGAAAGGUCCAGAGGUGUUUAUCUGGCAAUAGGCUGAGUUUUUCCGAGUUAUUCGAUGAUAUUUCGCUUAUGUUAAACGUGAGAAGAUUAUGUGUGGUUGUGGAUAGUCUUAUCAGUGCCGCGAAAGUGUGUGAUUGUGUGAUUUCCGCAUGCUGUUGACAGGUAUGUGAUUGCGUGGUUGAACUGCGGUUUCGCCAAAAUAUUCUGUGCCAGCCAUUAAUAUUGUUUCGUCGGUGUUUAGCUUAGCUGAUUGUACCUUGGAAAAGCAACUCUCGACUCAGGAAAAUUAGAUCUAGGUCUAGUUUCAGCAGGCUCUAAUGGCAUUGCACCAUAGGCCGGUUUUUGCAGACAAGAAGGUGAUAAUUUGUGCACUAUGUUUCAUUCAGUUUGUAGUCUAUUCCAUGCGGAAUCCUGUUGUUUAUCGGACCGCCAGAAAAGUAGUGUUUUGCUAACUAUUUAAGUUGUUAUGUAAGCCUUAACCAGGCACUCUUUCGCUGCAGCUCACUCAACUUAAAAAUUUCUAGACUGAAAUGACACCGGUUUGAAACUUCGCGAAGUCAGUUUACUGAAUAAAUGUUCUAAAAUUUGCGUCAUUCUAAAUUUGGACUCGUUGGAAUGCUUCUAGGGACCAUUAACGCACUGCCCGGCGUCAUAUAAAGGCUUUUAAUCGGCCUUUGAAUGAGUUUUGUUGUUUUAAAUUGCCAAGUAGUAGAAUGACUUGAUAUUUUUGCUAACCCGGUUUUCAAAAAUCCAGGUAUAUAUAUAUAUAUAUAUAUAUAUACACACACACCACAUAUGAGGAGAAAGAGUACUAUGAGGCGCUGUUUUUAUCAUACAGACCUUGUACAAAAUGCAGUAUUUCUCAAAUUUUCAAGACAAAUUGCAUUCAUUCAAUACUCAGGACCAUCGAAGCACGCGUGGACUUUUAAUUAGCGAAACCAUUCAAAAAAUUUCGAAAAUCACCCAUACGGCCAGCCGGUUCUAGCUUUUGACAAGCGCCAAAUUUGCGAAGAAAUUUUAAAAGAGUUACGCUUCAACGUGAUAAAGAAUUUAUUGAGUCUAUUUUUUAUUAAUGGUUUUAUAACGAUGUGUAAUCUUAAAAUGCUUUUGAUACGCUCGGCAUUUUGAGUACUCCUGCAAGCGAUGUUUAUGAACGCCUGAAAACAAACGGCAAAGCGAUGAAAAUUACACUUUUGAGACUACCAACAAUCAAUAAAGAAAUAUAAUUCGGUAGAACAUUUACAGAGACAGCAAUUUUCAUUCACGAAAACAAAUGAGUAUUUAAGUGUCUCUAAGAAUCCUCAAGUCUUAACUAGUAAGCUUAAAGAUUAAGUUUAUGUUUUAAGCCGCCGGUUUCCCGGUGUUUGCUGUUUUCAAAGAUGAACUCACGACAAGAAAAUAGCUCAAAGCUUUCUUUCUACAGCCAAAAUUAUAACUAAAUAUUCUUCGGAAAGUUUUUUCUUUCUAUUUACGGUGAAUUAAUAUCGACUAAAGGCUUUUUAAAGUUCUGUAAGCUUAAAGUACCCAUCACCUAAAAUUUAUUAUUUUCUUAUCUGAAACUACACCUUAUUAAAAUAACUUCUGCGAAAAAAAUUUGCGAUUUGAACCAAAGACGAUUUUUUUAAAACUUUUUUAACACGUUCAAAUUUGCUGCCAUUUUUGCACACCAUUCGUCUUAGUCUUCUCUCGGAGUAUGGCGUCAUAUGACGUACUUUAAGGAACACGUGACCUUAUCGAAAGGAAAACAUUAAGAGUUCUGAUAGGUUUUCUUUUUCAGGAAAACUUUCUUCUUGCGAAGACAUUGUGAUUCAAUCCUUACUUGUAAUUUAUCUUUUUUGUGUACCGCUGGGUAAUGCGAGUUCCUUAAUUUACGUCACAUGACGUCAUAUGUGAGCCUGCUAGUUUGCAUGAUCAGCGGCGCGGGUGUACCGCAAAAAUGUAGACUUCAAAAACUGGUAGAAAAAAUCGCGUUUUGUUCACACUGCAAAAUUUUUUUGGAAGAAGUUAUUUUAAUAAGGUAUAGUUUCAGAUAAGAAAAUAUAAAACUUUACGUGAUGGGCACUUUAAGCUUAUAUCAAACCUCAUACUAGGUCAGAUCAGUGUCUCAGUCAAAUCUUAAUACAAACGUGCAUAAAAUAGCCUCAUAAACUGCGCCGCCGGACUUCAUGAAAUUAGAUAUAAAUACAAUAAUUACUCUGGCUUACCAUAUUUCGAGAUGAGAAGCUGAGAAGCUGUUUAUUUGAAGUCGUCUUUCAGUUACUGUUUCGCGCGUGGUUUGUACUACUGACUUUUGUACGCGAGCCCCAGUUUUGUUCCCUGGGCCACCAAAUACAGAAUAAUCGAUCAAAUACACAGAAUACUGAAUCGAUACUAAUCAUACGUGGAAUUCAUAAUCGAAACAAUGACGUAAUAUGGCGUCAUUCUGACGCUGUAUUGUCCAGGUAACAGGCUGAACCCAUAUUUCAGCAUUCUUUACCUUAAAAAAUAGCUAUAAAGCGUGACAUUUAAAGAAAACUAAUUGAAUCAUCCAUAUGUUUUGAAGGGAGUACUAACGCAUAUUCGGUGGAAGAGUUUAUCCCUCUUGAAGUUGUGGAAGAAAGAAACGAAGAUGACGUCAUAAAUGUGCCUGAGGUGAUUACUAACACACAUUAUGUAGAGAACCUUAACCUACUUGAAGAUGAAGAAGAACAAAACGAAGACGAUGUCAUAGAUGUUCCUGAAGGGAUUAUUGACACACAUCCGAUGGAGGAGCUUAACCUACUUGAAGCUGAAGAAGAACGAAACGAAGACGAUGGCAUAAAUGCCCGCGAAUACUUGGAAAUAAUUAACAGUCCCUCUUUCGAGCUGAAGCGUGAAAAAAUAGAGAUAGAAAGGCUAAUAGGAAGCGGUAACUUUGGCGUAGUCUAUAAAGCCACUUUGGACAACAAUACUGUGGCAGUCAAAUCCCUCAAAGGUAAGACAUUUCACAUUACCUUAUCUUUGUGGGAGCGUCAUCCGCGCUGGCGAUGACCGCGAAAAGGGCAGAAAGUGCAGACAAUUUUAGUGUGUUUGAUGAGUGAAAUAAAACUUUACUUACGUGUUACAAUCCCUUUUAUGCGAAAGUAUAAAACUAAACCUUUCGUAGGGAUCAAAGUAAUAAUAAUAACAAGACAAGAACAACAUUAAUGAUAAUGAUAAUGACAGUGAUGGUGAUGGUGUUGAAUGGUAAUAAUGAUGGUGAUAGUGAUGAUGAUAAUGAAGUUUAUGCUUCAGAAGGGCACUUCACCAGUUUCGCAGGACAAAGAGGAGUUUUGUUUAACUUUGAUUUCCGUUAAAUUCACAACGCGAAUCGCUAUUGUUUACUGUAGAAUGUAAACGUUACCAAUUGACGUGUCGUGCGAUCGUGCAUCCUCGGAAACUAAGGAAUAGUCCGUCGGGUGGGAAGAAACAAUUCAAUGAAAGACAUAUCAUUUUCUAUUCACAGCUGCCAAAAUUGGAUACCCGCUGAGUUGUUAACUGUGUGGCGGGCUGAGGUCUAUUAGUUACGUAUCUUUAGUAGCUUUUCAACUGACUAGUUAAGUUAAAAGUCUUUGUUCAAGUUGUUUGUGUGUCUCAGUUAUUUGUCUUUGCAGUGUUUUUAAGUUUAUUGCAGUAUUUCGAGUAAAAGGAUAAAGGUGAGAAGCUUAUAUUCACUUUUUUUUCAUAUGAAGCAAACGCCACAGGUAAUGAUAAACAGGAUAUGAUUACAGAAUUGAACGUUAUGAUGAGUCUGAAGCCUCACCCUCAUGUCUUGAAGCUGAUUGGCUGCUGUAGUAGUAGUGGUAAGUCAGGUCCCAUAUGAUAAUAAUAAUAAUAAUAACAAUUAUUAUUAUUAUUAUUAUUAUUAUUAUUCAACUUUGAAAAUAUGUACAUAAUUUACAGAAAUAUAUUUUUAUGAUUUAUACAAUUGUUCAUGUCAUUUAUGACAUUAAGAAUUGUAUAAAUCAUAAAAAUACAAUCACUGUGUCAAUAACGAUUUCCCAAAUACAUUCUUUGCGGCUCAGGUGCGAUCAGUAUCUCUUGCACACAGCCCAGUGUUUUGAAUUAAGUCAGAACAAAAGUAAAUUUUCGUUUCUGAUAUCAAAAAGUAGCAUUAUUAUUAGUAGUAGUAUUAGUAUUUACCAAAUCAGUGAAAAGCAAUUUUCGCGCGUUUUUAUUGGCUCCCGUAACUCGGAAUAUCCUUGGCUACUCACAGUUUUGCGCCAAGAUGGCGUCUCAUUUCGAGACAUUUUUGGAAGUAAAAAUUUGUGCGAUAAAUGAAGCAGUCGCACAAACAAAUACGAAGAAAGCGACCAACUUUGGCUUGUCGGUGUUCACUGGUAGGUAGAAAAUUAUUUUCAUGCUGAAUUUGCAACAAAAUCGUAAAAUGCACUUGACAAAAUCCCCGAAAUGUUUGUAAAUUGUAAACAAAGUUCCUACUAACAGGCGUUUUUAAUUUACAAAAAUUCACUAUUUAGUCAGUUUUAUCUAACUGAUUUGGUAAAUACUAAAGACAACUAUCCCCCUCAGGGUCGGUGAACAGCGUUAGAUAUAUACCUCGACGCCUCGCAUCUCGCUAUAUAAAUCCACCACUAUUCACCUCCCUUUUGGGGGAUAGUUGUAUGUUAUUGUUGUUGUUGUUGUUGUUGUUAUUAUUAUUAUUAUUAUUAUCAUUUUAGUUUUUUUUUAUUUAUUUCUAUAUCUUUUUCCUCCAAUGGUGUAUAUAUGUUUUAAGUAGCCAGUGCUACGCGCACGUGAUUGGUUGUUGCCCGUGACCUAGUACAGUACAGACACAAAGAUAACUUCACGGGUAGAUUGUUUUUGUUGUUGUUGUUGUUUUGUUCAGCAUGGCACGCGGUCUUGAAAGUGUUUGCAAGAGAGAAACGAAGCAACUCUAGGUUCUCCAGUACCCGUCAAGCUUCUAAAUUGCAUCCAUAACACGUCGUCAUUUAUACGCCAGCUGUACGUGUACACUCAGAGAUAUUUACCAUAGCGACUUAAUAGCCCAUGGCAAGCACGCUCGCUAGUUUAUUAUACUGAAAAGGUGCACGGCAACAUGAAAACCUCUUUAUAUAUUCCAUUGCGUUACAAAUCAAGUAUGACCUCAAAAACGCUGUUCAAAGGGACACUGUCACGAGCUAUGAACAAACUAAUUAAUGCAUUUUCAACAAAAGAAAACAUAAUUAAAUAUGGUGCAUUUUUUUUUUCAAUAUACCAGAAUUGCCGUCGCAUUUACCCGUUUGGUUUUUUAAAGCUUAAAAGUGCAAGGAAGACCAGGAAUCUCAUUAAUACUUGUUGUGUGGUACAAAGUGCUAAAAAUAUAUUUUUUUAAAUUACCUUACUUCCAUUGAUUUUCUUCAACAUGUGCUCUUAUUAGUGUUUCAGGUGCCGUUAAUUGGUGCAAAAGAAAAUAGUACUCGCUCAUAAUCUUAAGAGGCUUAAAAUAAUGACAAGAAUUUCCGUGGCACCCCCUCUUAACCUUUGUGCUCACAGUGUGUUAAUUACUGCGAACCAAUACAAUCCUUACUGCUGUGUUGACUCGUAGAAAGGGGCUAGGUUUAUCGGCCCGUGAAAAAAUUAUUGGAGCUAACUUCUUAAAUGCGCACACUGCCCGUUUAAGCGGGCUAGGUACAGGGAUACUCGAUCUGCAAAUUCAAUAAAGGUGAAUAUUUUGCUGACAAAUUAUAAAACAAUAUACAUGUACGUCUUCAGGCCCCCUUCUAAUCGUUUUGGAGUAUUUACCAUUUGGUGAUCUACUGGGAUACCUGAGGAAGAGCAGAGGACAUUCUGACAACUACAACACAGGAGAGAAAAAACCCGAAUCCAAGCUUACAGCAAAAGAUCUCUUAUCCUUUGCAUGGAUGAUAGCUGAUGGAAUGCAUUAUUUGGCCAAAAUGAAGGUAAUCUGGUAUAAUAGUCUACAAAGUACUUUUGCUUAAACUCAUAAUAGCAAAGCACAACGUAUACCCUCUUUGCGAUUUCACAUGGCGCAAUUCAAUACCGGUCUCUGGUUCGAAAGGUCACCUUUCUAGAUCUGUACAGAUCAUUCAAUCGAAAGAAGUAUUGUUUUGACAUUGUUGUAUCGGUUUUGAUUGUAAGAUAACCCUUCACAAAACCAAAAAUACUAUGAAACUACCUUGGAUGCCUGUCUCAAUUUUUAGACAAUAUGGGGAGUCAGACUGUCAGGUGUUUGUCUUUUGGGUGCGGGAGAGCUUAAAAACAUAUUGCCAUGCAGGUUUCAAACACCUUUUCCUUGUUAUUUUUAUUAAUUAUUUUGUUUUUUUGUUUGUUUGGUUUUCUGAAUAACUUUUAGGUCAUUCAUCGUGAUUUGGCUGCUCGCAAUAUUCUUGUCGGCGAAAACCAAGUGUGCAAAAUUUCUGACUUUGGACUUGCCCGUGACGUAAAUGAUGACAUUUAUGUGCGAACAUCACAGGUAGUAUUUAGCAGGAGGAAGGGGGAAAAGAGACGGGGUCUGGGAGCGAGAAACGAUCUUCUCAUAACUUGUAAAGCGGUCACCUUGCGUGGUGAAAAGCGGAUAAUUGCAGUAUUUUUCCCAAAUCAAACAUUUUAGAAGCGAGAAGCGAACCGCCAGAGGAAAUAAUUCAAUAAUCAAAAAAAUAAUAUCAUGCCUCUUUGUUUUUCUUGCAUAUCGUAAUUGUCCUAACGAAAUUGGGAAACUAAACCGUAAGCGACGGACACUACCGUGCAAAUUCUUAACAGACAACGCACGCUGAGCUAUUGAUCGAGUUUAUAGGUUACACAUUUUUUGCCGAGCGAGUUCAUCGGAAGAUUACAGAAGUUAUGACGCAGGUAAAAAUUACUGGAGAAAGUGUCAAAUUUAUCGGAACUACGUCUAUUCUGCCACAAGAGCUUAUAAAAUGAGCUUAUUACCUAAAUUUAUAUAAAACAGAUUUACACUUCAUAACAUUUCACUUCGUUUGUUAUAGUCAAUUCGAAACCUUAAAUUCAAAGUUUAAAUCUAACCACGCUAAUAAACUGAUAACAAUCUGUGGCUGAAAGCUCUGUCCCUUGAAGCGACUUAACUUUCAUAAGAUUUGUUUUACACUCGAUAGAUCAACUUCUUCUUCUUUAGAGAUUCUUAUAAGUCAUAUGGUGUAUAUUUCAAAUAUGACAUAACAGAAGUAAAGCGCGCUCUGAUUGGUCAGUUAACCAUCUACCAUUUCCACAGUGAUGCACACCAACGAAAAGCUAGGGCGUUAAAAUUGAGGCAAAUUGGCAGAUCUCCUCUCUUGUGAGGUUUAAAAUGCACCGAUGAAAUAUACAAAUGAAGAGUAGAAGUUGAAAAAAUAAAUGCUUCAAGGAAAAGUGAAAAGAUCAAGCGACAAAUUUGCCCAGGAGGACUUCAUCAUUGUCAGUCUUCCAGGCGGAGUCAGCUCAAAAGGACACCCGAGAGAGCGAAGGUUUUUAAGGAUUUCAGCGCGGGAUUUAAGGUUCAUUUUGUGUGUUUUUGUAGACAAGAAAAUUAUGUUUUGAAAUGGAAAUGCAUCAAGUGGGAUUCUGUUAAUGAUUUUCCAGUCAAGUUAAUGUUAAAUUCAAGUAUUUUGCGACACGCGUUCAAAUUCGAGACAGCUUUGUCGUGUAUUUUGUCUAAUACGGACACAUUACACUGGAAUUGCCCCCACCACCCUCCCCCUGGCAUUUAGUCUUUUUUUACUUUUUAGUUUUUGUCUCAACCUGCACUAAACUAGAAAAAAUCACUAAGACCAAUCUAAAAGGAAACUGCUACUUUCUAUAAUUAGUUUAUUUCUUUAUCGUUUGCUCAUCAUCUGCUAUCGCUUCUUCUUUUCUUUACAAAGGCUCGUCUUCUAGUCAAGUGGAUGCCUCCAGAGUCUAUCUUUUACGGUGAAUACAGCGCCAUGAGUGACGUGUUAGUAGUUAGCUUUCUAUCGUCUGUGGAGUCAAUUGUUACGAAAUAAGCCAAGUGCGUGUCUUUAAGGACCUAUCCAAUUUUACUGCUGCGCCAUGCAUUAUUGUAAAGAAUAGUGGAAAGAAUCCAAACGGGCUCAGUACUUACAAAGUUUAACCGGCCAGCCCUUGUCUGGCUUACGUAUCCAGUGGGUCCCUUUGUGAGUUGUGCUAAUGUGGAAAGAUCUUGAGAAUCCCUUUGCAAGUGGGAGCUGAAACCAUUUCCUUGACCAAAAUCAUUUGUUUUUUUCUCCAUAAUCAUUGGAGAAACAAACACUGUACUCCGUUGAUAAAAAGGUAAAGGACCGUAGUGACAGACAUGGUAAUGGUUUCAUUGACACUGGCAAGUAUAGCAAAGCAUAACGUCAGCAACGUCAGAUUGAUAUUUCAUAUUUAGGAAAUGAGUUAAAGAUAUUUCUGAAAAAGAGUACUUUGACACAGUCAAUAAAGGCUCCUAAAUAAAUUCUUUACAACCAAUGUACUAUUUACAAAAAUGCUUGAUUUCUCUUUUUCAGGUGGUCAUACGGAAUUGUUCUUUGGGAGGUUUUUACAAUAGGUAACUUCGAAUCGAUUGCACUAAUAUCCAUUUCUUGCGGACAGAAUAAAGAUUGUGGACGCUUUCCAUUUGUCAGAACUGGCCAGCCGGACCAGUCAGUUAGCAUAUAAAUUCAGCAUUUUUUAAAGGAAUUUUUGCUGAAAAACCAUCUCCUUCACGUAUACUAUUAUUGACUGAUCUGUCUGGAUAGUGUUGGUACCAAGUAAAAUUCUCAUUAUGACGGGAAUGCCGUCUGGCCGGUCAGUUCUGACAAAUGGAAAGUACCCUGUACAAGAACUCUCCUAAACUCUAUUAUACAGGUGAUUCACCCUACCCCGGUUUGAACGCCGAGCAGACGGUGUAUUUGCUUAAAAGAGGAUAUCGAAUGCAACGGCCAAUCCAUAUUUCUGAGGAACUGUGAGUAAUUUAUUAUAGCAGCAACCUCAACACAUGGUAUCCCUUAAUUCCUUUUUGAGAGUGGGUAUUGUGGUCGUCAGUCGAUUGAUUAUUAAAAGGGUGGAUUGACAAGUUGAUGGGUAGAUUGACAACAGUGUAGAGGGUUAAAAAACAUUAGUCGAUCAUAGACUUAACAUUUCGUUCACCCUAUUCCGCUCGGAGCCCUCUUGUCUAUAACUUCAAAACAGCUCAAGCUACGGCCACCAAAAUUACGCAGGAUAAUGAGCUCUUCAUUUCCAGCUUUUGAGUAUAACUUUAUUGACCCAAUGACUCAAUCUGACGUGAUGAUGACGUCAUAUUGUUGGAUUUAUUGGCAGACUCCAAAUUUCCUUCAAACUUUAAAGCGUAAACGACUGAAAUAGUAAGGUGUUUGAUAAAAUUAAUAAGUCGGCUAACACCUAAACAAUAGCAGUGAGGUCAUCAUGACGUCAUUAAUUACUAAAAAGGGAACUCCGCCAUCUUGGAUCCGACAUUUUGAAUUGUUUGAAUGUAUUCCAUUUUACUUAAAAUCCGUAUAAAUCGAGGUAUUCUUGAUAGAAAUAAACCUUUUCACAUUUUUUUCAGGUGGGAAGGUAAAUCGUCCAGUAUAUAAUAAAAGUAAUUUGGAGGGCGACAAUUAUCCUGAUUAUCCUGUUUUCCAGAUUUUCUAUAAUGUCUGAAUGCUGGUCUGAGAAACCUAAAGAACGCCCGAAAUUCAAGUGGAUCCGCACUGCUGUUAAUAGGCUGAUAAAAGAUACUAAGGUAGAGACAGUGAUUAGUUUCCUUCUAUAGCCUUUCAGAAUAUGCUUUCGCACGCAAAGCCAUCCAAGAAACCCAGGUUGUAGAGAGCCAAAUCAAAAGAUGUGGCCGGGGGCGGGGAAUAGCAGAUUGAGCCUUGCCGACUAAAAUCCUGGAACAUUUGAUUGCAAACCCUGUUUAUUUGUGUUACAGCAACUUCAACAUAUUGCGUUUUAACCCUCAGACGCACAAGGAAGGGGGGGGGAUGGUUGCCCUCCCCCUUUAAGGUUUUUCUGAUUUUCUUCCUAGACGAUAAAACAUCAGCACCUGAAGUUUUCAGUAGCUGUUUGUCUAUCCCUCGCGCACAUUUUGAGAUAAGUUAAGUGAUGGUCAGUUACUAUGGUUGCGAGAUAUGACGUCAUAAGUAACACAGGUGUUCAAGCCAUUUUUGAGUGAAAGCGCAUAUUUUUUUUAACUUCUUUCAACAAUAAAAAUAAAGCUUGUGGAUAAAAUGAUGCAAAGAACUUAUUUAUGUGUUAAUAAUAAUAGUAAUAACGAUUUUAUAACAAUGCUAUCUAUUAAAAUCCUAUUUACAAUUAAUUCAGUUAAAAACAACUAUUCCGUCAAACACCAUUUACAAUUUCUUCCCUUUAAAAAAAAACACUUAGUUUUGAUCAGAGAAAAAUUAUUUCAUUAAAAAAUAUUCUAAUGAAAAACAUUUCAUUUCAAUUAAAACAAUCCAUUUCGAUUAAAAAAGAGACUAUUUUCAAGGUCAAUUGCAUCCUUACUAAGAAAAUCACUAAAAAAGAGGAAAAUUAAAUAGCGUUCUCAAUGCGUUACUGACGAAUAUUUGCCAUUUAAAAGUAAGGAAACACGUCAAUAGUCCGAUUGAAUGGUUCCUUCAACAACUUCGAUGUUGAAUUUGAUGUUGUAUUACUUCCAGGAGAGUCUAUUGGCAGUCUGCGCUCUUGUAUUCCUUAAACUAAUCUAAGUCCCCCAACUCCUUCCCAAUACUUUAUAAGCUGUUUUAUAAUUGUUUGUUAGCUUUAAUUUAUAAAACGAUAGGGAAAAUUCACCGUCCCUACCCCACUGCGCCACAAGAACUACUUUCCCAUCAAAUAUCAAACUGUCAGCGUCACGUUUAAGUUGAUCUGGUAAAGGAGAACCCAUUUUUUUUGUCAUCAAAUGUAAUAUAUCUUUUUUUGAAUAACGCAUUAGGCUUCAUCUUGUAUUUUAACAGAUUUACAUCAACCUGGAUGCGUAUAAUGAUGCCGAUUACGUUAACUUUGAUAUGGCUGAAGGAGCUCAGUGA